AUGAGAGCCCAGGCACUGGGGCUGUCGAGGAUAGUCCGCCACUACUCUCAAGCGCCCAAAUCACAAUCGGCACUCUGGGGGCAAUUCAGCAUCGUCUUGUCGCGCAGCCCGUCUAAGUCCUCCGCUAUUCGAGAACUGGUUCAAUAUAUAGAGAGCCGGAAGAGCUUCUCCAAGCACCUUCCAUAUGAUGGAAGAAGCUCCUUGGUAGUACUGGCCUCCAAAGACCUUGCAAGCUGGCUGGAGGACCCCGACUUCAUACCAGAACUCCUAAAAAGCCUCCGACCUAGGGAACCGCCGUUGAACACCUCCAAAAAGCCCGGCGCUCGGCUGAAGAGGCCGACAGUUGAUGUCCUGUCGGGUGUCAUGGAUGGCCUCGUGCCGAAGUCUCCCAAAGGCAAACCGAAGUCUGGUUUGGCGUUCCUGGUCGGGUCUCAAGGCUUGUUGCCUGGUCUUUGGGACAAGGAAGCCCCAAAUCCAGCACCAAAGGCAGAAAAGUCGGCUUCCAUAUCAUUUUGCGCAGCUUUCCCCGGUAGACCUUCCAAUUCCGGGGUCACCUUUCCACUGGCGAACACGAUCUUCGUGAAUGGCCGACGGUCGACUCUUACCGCGACUCGAUACACCAAGGACGAGGAGACUGACUCGUGGUAUGGCAGCACGCCACAGAGCAAGGUUCACCAAAACAUAGAAUUCUCCUCCGAUCAAGGGCCUCUGUUUCAGCCAACGAUACCAUUGUUAGCGCUGACGACCCCACGAAAGAUUGUCUCGGGUUUGGGCAACAUUGUAAAACUAAUCGAGAUAAAGGGAGUUUCCUCGCCCGCCUCGACAGAUCUUGAGGUUCGCAUCCCUCACGUCAUAAAUUACAGAUCCGAACGAGGCUACGAUUUUGCAAAGCGUCCGUUCGGCGUGUGGGCAGUUGUCGUUCCAGAAGAGGUCAUGCAGACUGGCCUCAUGAGGAACUUGAAAAUAUGGGCUCGUGGAACUGGGAGUACGGAGCCCUUAUUCGAAGAGAUUAUAAAAAACCUACAAUUGCUAGGCGUGUUUGACAUGCGAGUUUACAGAGUCUUGAGCGGCGGCGGCGGCUGGGGGGCUAAGCAAGGCCUCCUGUCGUUGGAUCCAGAGACCAGCUAUACAAUAUCCGAGCAGGACAGCAUGGAGAUGUUUAUCAAGGCCUUCCAAAAGAAAGAAACCCUUGAUGGCCCCGAGGGACCCAUAAGGCCAGGGUCAUAUAUAUGGUUCGGCAUCGAGCCGUAUCACAGGCGCAUGAAGGGGGGCGAACAUUACAACCGGUCUGGCAUAUGGCUGGGAAGUAUUGCCGCAGAGGAGGAUGUCUUGGCCCCAGGAGCCGAAACCGAAUCCGAAUCCAAGAGCCAAAAACCCAAAAGAGAGGACAAAGAGCCACACGCAGCACAGUUCAUUACGAGUGCUUUCAUUGCUGCUUCCUCAGCCGGGCUUUACAUGAAGCUGGAUACUCCAGGGUACUACUCGGCCAUCAAAUCGUAUCCCUUCACCACGAAGAUCGACGUGCCGCACUCGCUGCUCUAUCAUCCGGGCGCUGGGCGCCUCACACGCGAGCGCGGCGAGGAAGCUGGUUCAGAGAAGACUGGCGACACUCGGUAG